UGUCCAGGAAGAAGAACACACAGUAGCAGUUGCAGGGAAAAGGCGAGCGAGAAGAAGAAUGACGAUCAUGUUAGACGGAGAAUAGCUGGGAUCGAGUAUUGUGUAGCAAACGUAAAAAUAACACGUUUACCUCGAAGUCUUGCCAUUGAACACAGUUGCAUUACACUCGCUGAACUAUGACAGAGCCUCAGUCGGCGUUGUUACUCAGGAGACAGCUUGCAGAGUUGAACAAAAAUCCAGUGGAGGGAUUUUCAGCAGGCCUGAUCGAGGAUGAUGAUCUCUACAGAUGGGAAGUCCUGAUCAUUGGCCCACCCGAUACACUGUAUGAAGGUGGUGUGUUUAAAGCUCAUUUGACGUUUCCCAAAGAUUACCCUCUCAGGCCUCCUAAAAUGAAAUUUAUUACAGAUAUUUGGCACCCAAAUGUUGACAAAAAUGGAGAUGUAUGUAUUUCUAUUCUACACGAGCCUGGUGAGGACAAGUAUGGCUAUGAGAAACCUGAAGAGCGUUGGCUUCCAAUCCACACAGUCGAAACAAUUAUGAUAAGUGUAAUCUCUAUGUUGGCUGACCCAAAUGGGGACUCGCCAGCUAAUGUGGAUGCUGCAAAAGAGUGGAGGGAGGACAGACACGGUGCAUUUAAGAGGAAAGUUGCCCGUUGUGUAAGAAAAAGUCAAGAAACUGCAUUUGAGUGAUAAAUAGCAAGGAUAUAGCGUCAUAAUUUCAGGGUCUCAAUUGAAAAUCAAGGUGGCACUGUUUCCUGCACACUUUCAUCUGCCAGGCUUAGUCUCCUUCAUUCUGCCGAGAACAGACUGACUAUUGUAGGCUACAGUAGAACACACUGGUGACUACUGCCAAGGCUGUUGAGGAAAAUACACCAAGCAAGUGCCAACUCAAAAAAACAUCCAAACGAACAUGGAAUCCUAUGAACUGUUUCAACAUUCAGGAAGUUAUUGUAAAGACAUGUAUAUAGGACAGACUUAACAGGAUAAUAUAUAAGCUCCCUUACCAUCCAUGAAGACUCUUAGACCAAAUGGAUAGUGCUGGUUCACAUAGAUUUUUACUCACUCUACCUUUCUCUGCUGCAGCAUGCAUUAGAUCCCUUAGGUUGUUUUAUCAGAAUGUCUCAAGUCUUAAAUUAUGAUAUUUUUUUGGAGGAAUGUCACCUGUCAGGAGUUCAACAGAGGAUUGUGUGAUUGAAGGCGUUUUCCAUGUUAGUCUAUAAUAGUGUACAUAAAUUAUUAAGUUGUCCUCAUACAGUACGGUGCAGAAGUUUUUGGUGUGUGUACACAUUUACGUUGCACCACCUUUCUGUAGCCCUGUUCUUUAAAAAGAAAAAUGUAAUGCAAAUGCAUAGAACAAUAUGUUUAUAUUCAAUACCAUAAGGUGUUUUUAAGCCAUUCCGUGGCUGGAAAACAAGCCCUUUGCCAUGACUGUCCAGCGGAAAGAGACAUGUCCGUUGGCAAUUGCGAUAUCAAAAGUGAAGAAAAUUUUGGUUCUAUAUAUUUGCUUACAACACCUUGAGAAAGAAAUGGGCUGCAAAAAGAGGUUAUUUAAGAAAUGUAUGCACUUGCCUUAAUCUUUUUCUCAAUGCUGUUAGUGAGUCUAAUCAUCCUGUUCAGUGUCCCCUACCUUCUCACAUUUAUGUGCAUGCCUUGUAUGUAUAUAUAUAUAUAAAUAUAUGUAUGUAUAUACAUAUAUGUAUGUGUUUAUAUAUAUAUAUAUAUAUAUAUACAUAUAUAUAUAUGUAUGUGUAUUUAUACAUAUAUACAUAUACACUUUGUGUUUCUUCAAAAGUGCCUAAUAAUGAAAUGCCUGGGCACCUUAACCCUGCAUUGAUCAAGUGUUUAAACUGUUUGCGAAAGAAGAAGCAAUUGUGUAUCGCCUAUAUUUGAAUAUUAUAAUCACAUGGAAAUGAAUUGGUAUAAAUUUGGUGUAGCAAUAAUCCCCCCUGUGUUAGGUGUACAACUCAUUCAUUUUUCAUAUCCUGAUACAGUGAGAUAUCCUCUUCUCCAGUACUUGUUGUUUUAGCAGCAUCAUUUUUCUUUUUGUGUUGUCCUUGGUAGGAAUUGUUAUGCAUGCUUGAUCUUUACCUUUUUUGUGCUGAGUGUUUCUGGGAUUAUUUUUGAUUGUUUGUGUAUACACCAUGUUUGUCCGUUAUGUUUGUCACACCUUUUCCUGACCCACAUACUUAUGAUUAUUCUGCUUACUGAGCUCUUGCGGUUUUGCCUAAUGUAAAAAGACAAAAUACUGAUGUAUAUUUUUCAUGUUAUAAAACCUGUUACCUGUAGUGAGUUCUUCUAAAAUAUUAGCCCUUUUUCAAUA